UGUGAUCCAGCAGCAAUUGUUAUAACUGACAUGCGGAUGGUGCCAAGUGAGGAGGAGUGGAAGGUGGGGCCAGGUGAGGUGCCCUUGCUCUAAGCUGCCCUGAGUCCCGGGAAGAGGACAUGCGUGGAGCUGCCGGGAAGACUAUUCCCUAGUAGUUCCUACCAUGUUCCUUUAUUCUCUGAAUUUUCGGAUUCUUCAGCAGACCCACGCACCCUACCUUCCUGCUUGGGUGCCCCCACUUCUCCAUUCUGGGUCCCCAGAGUCUCUUUGACUUUGCCUUAACUGAAGGCCCCUGGGGAAACUCAGGACCAGUGUUGGCGUAUUAGGGAGAUGAGAUCUUGAACAGACACACGUUGCCCACCCUCCCUGGGCUUGGCUCAUCUCAUUGGCACAUGUCCUCAGGCGGGUCUCCAUGGCUAGACUCCAAGACAUGCACACACAGGUUCUUGGAACACACCAGUCCUCACCCCCACUAUGAUGGCUCCAUGGUAGACACACCCCUCCCUAGAUAUUUAGUCCCUCGUCCUUUGCUGGCUGUGGAGCAAAUUGGGCGGCGGCCUCUGUGGGCCCAGUCCCUGGAGCUGCCCGGGCCAGCCAUGCAGCCCUUACCCACUGGGGCAUUCCCAGAGGAAGUGACAGAGGAGACCCCUGCCAAGUCAGAGCAUGAGCCGAAGGUGCUAGACCCCGAGGGGGAUCUGCUGUGCAUAGCCAAGACGUUCUCCUACCUUCGGGAAUCUGGGUGGUACUGGGGUUCCAUUACAGCCAGCGAGGCCCGGCAGCACCUACAGAAGAUGCCGGAGGGUACAUUCCUAGUUCGAGACAGCACCCACCCCAGCUACCUGUUCACACUGUCAGUCAAAACCACCCGCGGCCCCACCAACGUACGCAUCGAGUAUGCUGAUUCUAGCUUCCGACUGGACUCCAACUGCUUGUCAAGACCUCGAAUCCUGGCCUUCCCAGAUGUGGUCAGCCUGGUGCAGCACUAUGUGGCCUCCUGUGCGGCUGACACCCGGAGUGACAGCCCGGAUCCUGCUCCCACCCCAACCCUACCUAUGCCUAAGCAAGAUGCACCUGGUGACUCAGCGCUACCUGUCCCCGUGGCUACAGCUGUACACCUGAAAUUGGUGCAGCCCUUUGUGCACAGGAGCAGCGCCCGCAGCUUACAACAUCUGUGUCGGCUGGUCAUCAACCGUCUGGUGGCCGACGUGGACUGCCUACCACUGCCCCGGCGCAUGGCCGACUACCUCCGCCAGUACCCGUUCCAACUCUGACUGGGCCAGGCACCCUGCUCUGCCUCACACAGUUAUAUCCUGAAGGGGACACAGACCCUAGCUGGACUUGGGGUUCUGUUGUCCUUUCUUCAGUCAUCCUGGUGCCUGCAUGCAUGUCACAGCUGGACCAGAAAGUGCCAGCAAGACAAGGCAGGUGGAGAGGGGUUGUCACACAACUCUGAGGUCAGUGCCUCCUUGUCCCAUAUGGCCCUUCAUGGUGAGCCAUGUAUCAGGACAGAGAGAGACAGGCAGGACCUUGCCUCUCCCCCAGAGGACCUAGGCCUCCAUUCACUUGCUUGCCAUAGCCACUUGAACUGUGUCUGUUCUCCCAGUCCUGGUUUCUCAAUCCACUGAGUAGGGCAGGCCCCCUACCCAUCCAUAGAGUAGUAAGCCUGUUUCUGGGAGGGUAUCAGCCAGAGGUUGAUCAUGUCAAGGCCCCUUAUGGCAAAGCAGAUGGGGCUAGGGGACUACACAGUUAUAUAGUAUUUAUUUAUUUAUUCUCCUUGCAGGGUUUGGGGGUUGGGUGAUGGUGUGAGCCAUCCUACUUCUCUACCCUAUGCCCUGGGUGGUCCAAAGACCCCCCAGUUCUGGUUCUUCCCUGUGGAGACCCCCAUCCCGAAACAUUGUUGGGCCCAAAGUAGUCCUGAAUGUCCUAGGCCUAUCCACCUGUAUAUGGAUGGGUUAACUCUUUUCUCCCAAGCCUCUUUUAGGAGGCUGGGUGACCAGACAGACAGGAGCCAGAAACACAAGGGCUCCCGCUCAUCUCCUCACAGGGCAGCACCAUGGCUUCACAGAGCUGGCCUCUCUAAGGUGCGGCCUCUGUCGAGGGGGCAUGUACUGGGUCAGGGAGGGGAUGCUGGUCCGAGGGCUGCAGCCGCAGCUCUUUUGUGUCUGCUUCCUGCCCAGGAAGUUGCCUGCACUGUGAGAGAGGGAGAAAUACACACACACCUGACGAGACUUUAUAAAAACAAGUAUUAUAACACAAGAACCAGUUUGGGAGUUUUUCUUCCACUGAGUUUUCUGUAAUGAUAAUAAAAUUAUGCCUUCCACUAUGAAA